AUUACAGUUUUCAACGAUAAUAUGCACAAUGCGCCCAGCAUAAAUCAAACCACCAGCUAAUUGCCGUUGAUGCAUUUCAGGAGGUGAAAGGCGGAUUCCUCCACACGUCAACGCCAGACAGCCAAUGAGACGCCGCAUUUUUUUUUUUUUUAAAGCUUAACCCGUGAUGCUGAAGAAUGCAAGUCUGUACAGUGGCUUUUCUUCUUACUAAUCGUCUUAUUUGGCGACUCAAGAUAGAGACGACUUCGAUCGAGACCAGUGCGUCGGAUGAAUGUGACCAGCGUGCGACGAUAUGACUGACAGGUGUAGCAGGCUCGCGCCGUUGUCAGUAACCGGACAUUUUCUGCUGCUUAAGGAGUUGCAAGCAUGUCGUGCUCACAAAUGACUGACCCCCCCCCCCAGCAAAGACGUGUUAUAACUGGGACAUCGCACAUCUAGAAAAAGUGUCAGUAUGAAGGGCCCCAGCUCCAGAUGGGCCUUCUCCCUGGGCUUUUUGGUGGGAGCCUGCUGUAUCUACUUCUUCCUGCGCCAGAUGUGGUUUGAGAGGAGCUACCCUGUGCUGUCAGAGGCUCAGGAAAAAGCCACAAUAGUAGGGGAGAGGCCAACCCUUUGGAGGAAAGAGGGAGCUGCUCUCAUCAACUUGCUCCACCCUCACCAUGCAGAUGAAGACGGCCGGGUGGCAGAUGUGUUGUACCAGAAAGUACGUGUUCUCUGUUGGGUCAUGACAGGGCCGUAUAACCUGCAGAGCAGGGCCCGCCAUGUCAGGGCCACCUGGAGUCGCCACUGCAACGUGGUGGUGUUCAUGAGCUCUGUGGAGGACCCGGAAUUCCCCACUGUGGGACUGGGCACUAAGGAGGGCCGUGACCAGCUCUACUGGAAGACCAUCAGAGCCUUCCAUUAUGUAUACGAGCACCAUGCAAAUGAAGCAGACUGGUUCUUAAAAGCGGACGAUGACACCUAUGUGGUGGUGGACAACCUGCGCUGGAUUCUGUCCAACCACACCCCUGAAGAGCCCAUCUAUUUCGGUAAACGCUUCAAGCCUUACACCAAGCAAGGCUACAUGAGUGGAGGGGCAGGCUAUGUACUUAGUAAAGAGGCCCUCAAGAGAUUUGUGGAAGGUUUUCGGACCAAGGUUUGCACACACACCACCCCUGUAGAAGACCUAGCACUGGGGCAGUGUUUGGAGAAGAUGGGCGUUCUGGCUGGGGACUCCAGAGAUACUUUGCACCGAGAAACUUUCCAUCCGUUUGUGCCAGAGCACCAUCUAACUGGCAAGUUCUCCAAAAGCUUCUGGUACUGGAGCUAUUGUUACUACCCAAUUGUUGAGGGUCCACAAUGCUGCUCUGACCUGGCAGUAUCGUUCCAUUAUGUGGAAGCAGACCUGAUGUACACACUAGAGUAUUACACCUACCACUUGAGAGCAUAUGGCUACAGGCCACGCUACCGGCCAUACCUACGCCAGGGUCUUAGCCUCAGCACUCUCUCACAGACCACUGUGACGGUGGGAUUUAAAGGAGCUCAAGAGGUGACAGAUGGAAGGAGUUACACAACUGCAGCCCUCUCCGUUAGUGGCAACCAAACAAAAGCAGAGACAGACAAAGGAGAGGGAGAGAAUCUUAGGUCACACCACACUGAGAACAGGACUGCAGUAACCCAUGACAGACAAAGCUGAUUCUGCGCUUCAGAUGGGGUUGAAUGUGUUUUAACUGAUGUUUCUGAUUGAAUCUACUCUAGAAACACGUGUGGCUACUUCCUCUCAGUGACCCUGGUGAUAGGAGCUGUGAUAGCUAGCAUGUUCGAGACAUAUUACCCUGUGCGCAGUAUUGGCUAACUAGUGUUUUCUUCUGACAGAGAUCACAGUAUACCACAGCCAGUAUGACACUGUAAGCAUUCAACACAGUAUUAUGCAGUGACAGCUGCUAAUGGCUUAGCUAUUUUCAACCAAGAUAAACACUUUGUCUAGAUUAAUUAAAUUUGACAUCAUCAGUGAUUUUGAAAUUAUGACGUUACAGGGUCACAUAUGUGCGCUCGGAGUGAUGCAGGAAGAGGCACUUAAGAUAUUACUUUAAUGGGUUUUACAAGUACCUGAUCUGAGCCAAUAAUCCAGUGACAGAUAUAUGAAAUGAUUUUAUAUUUUUUCAUUAAUUUUCAUUUCAUUCAUUUAUUUUCAGGAUUUUUUCAUAGGUAAAACAGCUGCAAAGUAUUUGCCUUUUUUGAUGGCCAUUUAGCUUUUCUUUUUGUUUUGAAACAUGCAAAUCCACAGCAAGCACUUAUAUGUUUGAUUCAGAAAGAACAACUGUGCUGUGAAAAAUGUCUUUUCUUUUUACCUUUUUAGGUGGUAUGAGAUGCUCUGAUGUAGAAGUUUACACUUGAAAACCCUCUGUGCUUCUGUGUGAAAACACUGUAGGUUCUGAUGAACACAGUAUUUUAGAGAACUCCCAUAUAUUCCUCUUGUGAAGUCAUUUUAUAUAACCAAGCAGUAAAUACUGUAGCAGGUGUGAGUGGACAAGACUGUCUGCACUAUAGAGCCAAGCUUGAAGAAUCGCUCAUAAACAGCCGCAGGAAAAUACACCAGUGUUUUAAAUGAAUAAAUUACGUAUAAAAAAAAAUUGUUUAUUUUUAACUUUGAAGAAAUAGAA